UGGUGCUAAUAGUCUCAAGGCUUCCCUCUUUAGACCAGCAGGAUGUGAAUCUAGGACAGAUGCUUCUGAUGUCCUCAGCUAGUCCAGAGUAAAGUUCUCCUUGAUGUUUGCUCUGUUCCAGAGGACUGAGGAGAACGCACACGCUUUUCUAGACAAGGAGCUGAAGAAGCUCUGGAAGGUUCUCCUCCCAGAUUACCCACAAUGCUCAGAGAGCCAGAGGGAGGAGGAGCAGGAGGUUGAUGGUAAUAACGAAGAGCAGAAGAGACGCGCCAUAGAGGGAGUGGUAGACAUCACAAAGCUCUGCCUGAUGGAGAUGAACCAGGAGGAACUGAUUGACACACUGUUGAGCGGAACUGUUGCUGUUCAGUGCCAACAUAGAAUCAAGUUUCAUCUGAAGGAUAAGUUCAGUUGUGAGUUUGAGGGAAUCCCUAAAGCUGGACAGCCAACAGGUCUGAAUGACUUCUACACAGAGCUCUUAAUCACAGCGAGAGGCAGUGGAGAGGUCAACAAGGAACAUGAGGUCAGACUGAUUGAAACAGCUUCCAGGAAACCAGCCAAGGAGGAAACAUCAAUCAAAUGUGAAGACAUCUUUAAACCCUUACCUGGGCCAGUUCAACGAAUCAGGACAAUAAUGACAACUGGAGUGGCCGGCAUUGGAAAAACCGUCUUAACACACAAGUUCACUCUGGACUGGGCGGAAGGCAAAGCCAACCACGACAUACACUUUCCAUUUCUCAUGACUUUCAGAGAGCUGAAUUUACUAAAAGGAAAAGAGUUAAGCUUGGUGGAACUUCUUCAUCUCUUCUUUAUUGAAACCAAAGAAGCAGAAAUCUGCAUAUUCGACCGGUUCCAAGUUGUCUUCAUCUUGGAUGGUCUGGAUGAGUGCCGAUUUCCUCUGGACUUCCAGAACAACCAGAUCUGGACUGAUGCCACUAAGCCGACUACGGUGGACGUGCUGCUGACAAACCUCAUCAGGGGCAACCUGCUUCCCUCCGCUCGCAUCUGGAUAACCACACGCCCUGGGGCAGCCCAUCAGAUCCCUGCUGAGUGUGUUGACAUGGUGACAGAGGUGAGAGGCUUCAACGACUCACAGAAGGAGGAGUACUUCAGGAAGAGAUUCAAAGACGAGAAGCUGGCCAGCACAAUCUUGACCCACAUCAAGAAGUCACGAAGCCUCUACAUCAUGUGUCACAUCCCAGUCUUCUGUUGGAUCACUGCUACAGUUCUGGAGGACUUCUUUAAACCAUCCCAGAGAGGAAGAAAGAUGCCCACAACCGUGACUCAGAUGUACAUCCACUUCCUGAGGUAUCAUGGGAGAGCUGAAACAGAUCUAGACUGGAGUUCAGAGAGCAGGGAGAUCAUUGUUUCUCUUGGAAAAUUGGCUUUUAACCAGCUUGAGAAAGGCUACUUGAUAUUCUAUGAGGCAGACCUGGAACAGUGUGGCAUCAAUAUCAGAGCAGCCUCAGUGUACUCAGGAGUGUUCACCCAGAUCUUUAAAGAGGAAUGUGGGCUGUACCAGGACAAGGUGUUCUGUUUUGUCCAUCUGACGAUCCAAGAAUUUCUGGCUGCCCUUUAUGUUCUUCUGUCCUUCAUCGACACUGGUGUCAAUCUGCUCUCAGAGGAACCAUCUACCUCCAGGAAAGCUAAACUCCUCCUCUACAAGAGUGCAGUGGACAAGGCCUUACAGAAUGAGAAUGGACAAAUGGACUUAUUCCUCCGCUUCCUCCUGGGCCUCUCUUUGGAGACCAAUCAGAUUCUCCUACGAGGUCUGCUGGGACAGAUAGGAAAUACCUCACGGACCAACCAAAAAACAGUCUGUUACAUCAAGGAGAAGAUAAAUGGAGAUCUCUCUCCAGAGAGAAGCAUCAAUCUGCUCCACUGUCUGAAUGAGCUGAACGACCGUUCUCUAGAGGAGGAGAUCCAACAGUACCUGACAUCAGGAAGCCUCUCAAGGGUAUCUCUCUCUCCUGCUCAGUGGUCUGCUCUGGUCUUCAUCUUACUGUCAUCAGAAGAGGAGCUGGAUGUGUUUGACCUGGAGAAAUACUCUGCUUCAGAGGAGGGUCUUCUGAGGCUGCUGCCAGUUGUCAAAGCCUCAAAAAGAUCUCUGCUGAAUCGCUGUCAUCUGUCAGAGAGAUGCUGUGAAGCUCUGGCCUCAGUUCUCAGCUCCAACUCCUCUAGUCUGAGAGAGCUGGACCUGAGUACGAAUGAUCUGCAAGAUUCAGGAUUGAAGCUGCUCUCUGCUGGACUGGGGAGUCCACAAUGUACACUGGAAAUUCUCAGGCUGAAUGACUGUCUUCUGUCAGAGAGAUGCUGUGAAGAUCUGGCCUCAGUUCUCAGCUCCAGCCCCUCUAGUCUGAGAGAGCUGGACCUGAGCUUCAAUGAUCUGCAGGAUUCAGGAGUGAAGCUGCUCUCUGCUGGACUGGGGAGUCCACAAUGUACACUGGAAACUCUCAGGCUAAAUGGCUGUCACCUGUCAGAGAGAUGCUGUGAAGCUCUGGCCUCAUUUCUCAGCUCUGAUUCCUCUAGUCUCAGGGAGCUUGACCUGAGUACAAAUGAUCUGCAGGAUUCAGGAGUGAAGCUGCUCUCUGCUGGACUGGGGAGUCCACACUGUACACUGGAAACACUCGGCUUGUCUGGCUGCCUGGUCACACAGGAAGGCUGUGCCUCUCUGACCUCAGCUCUGAGCUUCAACCCCUCCCAUCUGAGAGUGCUGGACCUGAGCUACAAUCACCCAGGAGACUCAGGAGCUAUGUUGCUCUCUGCUGGACUGGAGGAUCCACGCUGGAGACUGGACACUCUCAGUGUGGAGCACGGUGGAGUAGGGAGGCUGAAACCAGCUCUAAAGAAGUAUGCCUGUGAACUAACACUGGACCAAAAUACAGCCUACAGACGACUCUUUAUGUCUGAGAACAACAGAAAGGUGAUGUUGGUUGAAGAGAAGCAGUCUUAUCCUGAUCACCCAGAGAGAUUUGACUCCUGGUCCCAGGUGUUGUGUAGUGAGGGUCUGACUGGCCGAUGUUACUGGGAGGUAGAGUGGAAAGGACCUGUUGUUAUAGGAGUGACAUACAGAGGAAUCACAAGGAUAGGAGGGGGUGUUGAUAGAAGGCUUGGAUGGAACAACAUGUCCUGGAGUCUUCAUUGUUAUGAUGGUUGUUACUCUGCCUGGUACAACGGUAGUGAAACAGUCAUACGUCUCCCCUCUGCUGGCUCUAGUAGAGUAGGAGUGUAUCUGGACCGGCCUGCUGGCACUCUGACAUUCUACAGAGUGUCCCCAGGUGGAGGAGGGUCCUCAGACACACUGACACACAUCCACACCUUCCAGUCCACCUUCACCCAGGAGGACCUCCUCCCUGGGUUUGGGUUAUCUAGUAAUGCUGCCUCAGUGUCUCUGUGUCGGUUGUAG